GUCUAAGAGCCCAUCAAGGUUUCGAGGGAGCAACAGCAUAUCUAUGCACUAACAGGCACGUUUCUCAUACUUCACUUGAUAUCUCACAGCUUCAAAGAAAUCUGUUUACAUACGGGGAAGAUCACGGCCUCGAGAUUUGAUAUGGCGGUCAAGGCGUUCUUGUCCAGCUGCCUGGUUUUCGGACUUGGUUUGGCUUCUGUCAUUCCUGAUAAACGCCUUACACAUAUAUCAAGAUCCCCUCUGAACGCAACUAACGUAACAUCUGAAUGCACUCACGGACCCACAUCUCGAGGGUGCUGGAAUGAUGAUUUUGAUAUUGACACGGAUGCCGAGGUAGAGUGGCCAAAUACCGGACGAACGGUUCAUUACUCGCUCGAGAUUACCAACCAAACUUUAUACCCCGAUGGUGUAGCAAGAGACAUGCUGGUCAUCAAUGGUCAAUAUCCUGGUCCAGUUUUGACUGCUAACUGGGGUGACUUUCUUGAAAUCGAUGUUACAAAUAAGAUGGAACAUAACGGUACAAGCAUGCAUUGGCAUGGCAUCACACAGCAAUCCUCGUGUACUCAAGAUGGCGUGAAUGGUGUCACUGAGUGCCCAAUUCCACCUGGAGCUACAAGGACCUACAAGUUCCAAGCUACAGAAUUUGGAACCACGUGGUAUCACUCUCACUUUUCGUACCAAUAUGGCGAUGGGGUUGUUGGGACCAUGAUCAUCAACGGCCCUUCGACUGUUGAUUACGAUGAGGAUCUUGGUACUCUACCAAUCACAGAUUUCUAUUACAAUUCAACAUGGGAUGUAGGCCAUGCUGCUGAAAGGACUGGUCCUCCUAAGGGCGACAACAUCCUUGUGAACGGAACUAAUAUCAACAACCUCAAUGGCGACGGAGGUUUCUAUCAUAACAACACCUUAGUCAAGGGAACCACCUAUAUGCUCCGGCUCGUCAAUACUGCUGUGGACAACGCCUAUAUGCUUUCUCUCGACAAUCACAAAUUCACAGUGGUACAAGCUGACUUCGUACCAAUUGAACCAUACGAUGCAGACUGGGUCUUCCUUGCUAUUGGACAACGUCUCGAUGUGGUGUUUACAGCAGACCAAGAUGAGGAUCUUCCAAAUUACUGGUUCCGGGCAAUGAUUCCAGCUGGCUGUGGUGGCAACUACAACAACCAAAGUACCGUCGCCAUCUUCAAUUAUCAAGGCUCCUCUCUCGAUCUCCCAACAUCAACCCCUGCGGACUUUGAACCGCGCUGCUACGACGAGGAAUCCCUCGCCCCCUACAUUCCCAAGGCCGUAUCCAGAGACGAUUUCGAAGCGACCUACAGUGCCCAAAAUACCCUUACCGUCAACUUGACAUCUGUCCCGCAAAAUGGCCACAAAGUCUUUCGCUGGACUAUCAAUGAUGGCUCUAUCGACGUCGACUGGGAGAAUCCAACCCUAAAGUACAUCGCCGAGUCCAACGAUACCUACAAAGCGAUCAAAGAUCUCAACCUGUAUGAAUUACCUGAUGCAAAUGUCUGGGCUUUUUGGGUGAUCCAGAAUAUCUUCCCGGUAGCUCACCCCAUUCAUUUACACGGUCACGAUUUCUAUCGUCUUGGCGCUUCUCCCAACAUUGCUUCAAGUACUCCUAUCAUCUUCACUGAGAAUAAUAUCGAUGAUCUGAACUUUGACAAUCCGACAAGGAGGGAUGUUGCGAUGUUGCCGGGCAAUGGAUGGUUGGUUCUCGCUUUCCGAACAGACAACCCCGGAGCAUGGUUGAUGCACUGUCAUAUUGCAUGGCAUGUGAGUGAGGGACUUGGUGUACAAUUCUUGGAAAGAGCGAGUGAAAUUGAUACGCGUAUGAGUAUGGGGCAUUUGAAGGAUGAUUGUGAUGCUUGGAGCAAUUGGUAUAAUGCGGGGCCAGCGACCAAAGACGAUUCUGGGUUAUAAGCUUGAGGUGGAGAGGGUACUCUGCAUUACUUGUUGGAUUAUUUGGGACUUUGCUGCAUUUUUGGAGGGGGGGGCAUUGUAUAACAUCGAUAGACAGUAGAUAUCAGGGUCACAAGGGUUCGAACAGGCUUGUAAAAGUAUUA